AGGCGCCCGUGGCUCAUGUGGCGCAAGGUGCACAGGCCUCGUUCCAAAACAAAGAUUGAGCGUGUUUGUGUGCGUCCAGCACGAAGUGUGCUCGCUGUGCUCUCCGGCUUCAUUGAGGCCUCGCCUAGGACCGUGGACGAGUCGCAGCGAGCACGUACCAUGCCAAGGAAUGGAAACAUCCUCGUUGUGGAGAGUGUCGUCUCGCCGGAGGGGUCAAAUGUGAUGGGCAAAGCGGCCGAUGUCGAAGAAGACCUGGCGUCGGCCAUCAAAGAGAACCUCAAACUCAAGUCGCACCAACAGCCGUGCCACGUUUGUGGUCAACAGCGUCAUCCCCGGUACUCCCCGUAUUUUGUGCCUCGUCGGUCGGAAAGCAGUGGCGCGUUGUCUGCCGUGGCGAAAGAUGGAACACGGAAGACCUGCGCUGCCGGCCAUCACCACCAGCCGGAGGAUCCCGACAAGGACCCCUACGAACUUUUGCAGGAACUCCUUCAGCAGGGAACGCUCAUACAAGAAGCCGUGCGGAGGCUCCAGGGAAACGUGGUGGGCAAGAAAAAGACUCCUCACUCUUUAGACAGCUCGUCGAGGGACUCGUUUUCAUUUUAGGUUCGCAUAAAAAUGCAAGUUUUGCAUCACAUCACGGACUUUAGCAAUUUCUUCCUGCCCAUCAUGACAAACGCUGAACGCGUGUGGCCGGCUGGCUCAAAACGUUUUACCCAUGUGCGCGUCUCAGUGCGUUCCUCAGCCCCUGUUCGUCUAUAAGCGACAGGCUUUCGAGUUGUUUGGUCCCCGCGUGUGCUGUGCGAUCGGGUAAGGCCUCGUGUCUCAAAUAAAUCGGGACUUGGUUCCGUG